GCAUAAAUAUAGCUAGCGGUAGGAACACUUGGUUAGCCCAAAGAAAACUGCAAAGUUAUAGCUAGAGGUUGGAACAGUUGGUUAGCCCAAAACCCACUUCUGAAUUAAAGAGCUGAGCACUGCUUCUUAGUUCUAAGAACAACAAGUCUGGGCGUGAUCGAAGAUGGGUAUGUUGCCCGGUUUUCUGGGUCUUUUGCUUCUGUCUCCGGCUCUCCUUUGCAUUGUUGAAAGCCAUGUCCAUUACUAUGACUUUGUUUUGAGGGAGAAGAACUUCACAAGGUUAUGUAGCACCAAGAGCAUGCUGGUAGUGAAUGAUAGUUUUCCGGGGCCGGUCAUUCGAGUGCAGAAAGGAGAUACCGUUUACGUGAAUGUCCAAAAUCAAGGAGAUUACGACUUCACAAUCCACUGGCAUGGAGUACAUCAACCAAGAAACCCAUGGUCUGAUGGUCCUGAGUACAUCACGCAGUGUCCCAUUGAACCUGGAUCAAAUUUUACUUACGAGGUUAUAUUUUCUGAUGAGGAAGGAACACUUUGGUGGCACGCUCAUAGUGAUUGGACCCGAUCUAGUGUGCAUGGCGCCAUUGUUGUUAUGCCCUUAAAUGAAACAGGCUUUCCAUUUCCUGAACCUGAUGGAGAAGAAAUUGUUGUUCUCGGAUCUUGGUAUAAAGAUGAUGUGAACGAGGUAGUCGCGGAGGCCCUUGAUGACGGUGACGACACUCCUCGCUCUGAUUGCUACACCAUCAAUGGACAGCCUGGGGAUUUCUUCGCAUGCUCCAAUGACAGUACCCAUCGCUGGGAAGUCGAGUAUGGCAAGACCUAUCUUCUUCGCAUGGUAAAUGCAGCGAUGAAUGCAGAGCUCUACUUUGCUAUUGCUGAACAUAACCUCACUGUUGUUGGUAUGGAUGGAUCAUACGUCAAACCCAUCGUCACAGAUUUUAUCAUGAUUUGCCCCGGACAAACCAUGGAUAUAUUGGUCACAGCCGACCAGCCACUUGGUAGGUACUACAUGGCUGCUAGACAAUAUGACAGCGUUAGGCCAGAUGUUACCGACUAUGACACAUCCAAUGUGACGGCAAUUCUCGAGUAUAAAGGCAAUUAUACACCCCCGGCACUGCCAAUUUUUCCAAGCAACCUCCCUACCUAUGAGGAUUUGUCGUCUGCAGUAGCCUUCUCAAGCCGUAUCUUAAGCUUGGCAAGCACAGAGCACCCAAUAAAUGUGCCUAAGAAUAUAACUACCAGAAUGUAUAUAACGACUGUGAUGAACAACAUUGAAUUUGACAAUGGUACCGAUGAGAGUAGUGGUCUUGCUUCCAGUUUAAAUAAUGUUAGCUGGGUUAAUCCAUCAACAGAUGUGCUGCUUGCCUACUACAGGAACAUGAGUGGGUUUUAUACCUCAGACUUUCCUGAUUAUCCACCAACUUUGUUUGACUUUGUGGCCGAGGAUUUGCAGGAUGAUUAUGUUAUGACUGUCCAAGGAACAAAGGUUAAGGUGUUAGAGUACAAUGAAGAGGUGGAAAUAGUGUUUCAGGGUACUAACGUAUUAGAUGCCUCAGAGGAUCAUCCAAUGCAUAUGCAUGGUUACAGCUUUUAUGUAGUUGGAAAAGGUUUUGGAAAUUUUGACAAUGAAACAGACCCCCAGGUAUACAAUUUGGUUGAUCCACCAAAGAUGAACACUGUUACAGUCCCAAAGAAAGGAUGGGUUGCUAUCAGAUUCAAAGCAAGUAAUCCUGGUGUUUGGUUUUGGCACUGUCAUUUGGAUCGACAUCUCAGUUGGGGUAUGAACUUUGUGAUGAUAGUGAAAGAUGGAGGAACACCAGAGACGAGCAUGCGGAAACCACCUGCAUACUUGCCUCCAUGUAGCGACUCAUCUACCAUUAAGCUGCAACCAUUUCAGCAUAAAUUCGGCAGGAAAAGUAAAUAGAUUAUGAAUCUGAUACACUGGAUAAGCUAUAUUAUACAUGACUUGUAUUUGAGUCUAAAUAAAGUGUCACAAAAGUGAGAUGAAAUUGAAUAUUUACAUCAAUAUUGGGUUGGCUUCAACCAUUGUUUUGUACAAUUAGAGUUUGUACUAGGGCUCGAGUCCAAGACAGCUGGUUCAAAUUGCGAAACAACAUUAUGGUCA